CAUUAAUGGCAGUUGUGAGGAAUGUUGUUCCUAUGCGACGAGCCUCCUUGGCGACGACGAAGUGUGUUGAAUGUCAAAUUUCUCGGAAGUAAACAAGUGAUUUUUUAAAUUAAUUAUGGCUGAAAGAAAAGCUGUCAAUAAAUAUUACCCUCCUGAAUGGACACCUGCAAAAGGUUCCAUCAACAAAUUUCGUGGGACGCAUGCCCUCAGGGAAAGGGCACGUAAAUUACAUAUGGGCAUCUUGAUCAUAAGAUUUGAGAUGCCUUUCAAUAUUUGGUGCAAUGGUUGUGAAAAUCAUAUUGGAAUGGGUGUACGAUAUAAUGCUGAGAAAACAAAAGUUGGAAUGUAUUAUACAACUCCUGUGUAUAAGUUUCGCAUGAAAUGUCAUUUAUGUACCAAUCAUUUUGAAAUACAGACAGAUCCUCAAAAUUUAGAUUAUGUUGUACUUGAAGGAGCUAGGCGUCAAGAAAGAAGAUGGGAUCCAACACAAAAUGAGCAAGUUGUUCCUGAAGACAAAGAUGUGCAAAAAAAGUUAGUGAUGGACUCUAUGUUUCGUUUGGAGCAUGGUGUAACAGAUAAAGCAAAACAGAAAACACUUGCACCGUCUAUUGUGCAAUUAGAAGAAUACAAAGAAAAAUGGAAGGAUGAUUACAUGCUCAAUAAGGCUCUUCGACAGAAGUUUAGGGAAAGUAAAAAAGAUCUCGCCCGUAUUCAAGAAAGAGAUUCUGCUCUCCUAAAAAAGUCCUCACUUAAUCUUUCACUCCUGCCUGAAACUGAUGAAGAUCGUAGAUUAGCUGGAUUGUUGAAAUUGACGCCUUUAAAAAGUUUUGAUGAGAGGCAAAAACAAAAGAGAGAAGAAGCACUUGUAAAGCCUUGGUUUCCAUCAUCAACAUCUAAUGAAAAACAUAGCUUAGCAAAUCUGAUAAAGGAAUCUAAAAUGAAAACUUUGCUAAAACCACUUAACAAAUCAGAACUGGGAAUCACUCCAAAAGUAAAUAAAUUGGAAGAAAAGACAAGUCCUGAUGAUUCAGUUGUAAAUAAUGAAGUAAAAAUUCAGAAGACUUCAUUGGUGGCAUUUGAUUAUGAUUCUUCAAAUUCCAGUGAUGAAGCUGUCACUUAAUGUAUCAAGUGAUAUUUUAUGAUUAUUAUCUUUUCUAGUCUACAGGUUUAAAAACUUUGCAGUUAAAUUAUUCAGUAUUUCUAAUAUGAUUUAUGAUAAUCGUUAAUCUUAGUUGCAAAAAGUACACAAUUUUUUAAAGAGAAAUGUAUGGAAAUUUUUUUCCCUAUUUGUUAUAUUAAACUGAUAAAUAUGAAAUUUUUUAAUUAUUGAUUCAGUUUAACAUAAUGAAUCUGUCAUAACAAUCAACUGUUCUUUCAGAAGAUCAGUUAUAAAUAGAAAAUUUGAUUUAUAUAUCUAGAAAAAGGAGACAGUUUGUUUUACGAAAUGGAAAAUCAAGUAUAAGAAAGAAAAUAUCUAAAUGCAUCUAAGAAGAGAUAUUUGUCUUAAAAAUUAUCAGAUGAAUAGUUCAAAUCUGAUAUGUAAUCUGUUAAAUUGUUAGUCCCAAAUGAUAUAUGUGUUAAAAAAAUAGAUGUAGUAGUUAUAAAAUCAUUUCAAAAUUCUAAAUAUUUAUAUGUACAUAAAAUUACUGUUAUCUCUUUCAGAGCAACUUUAGCAUGUAAUUAUAAAUGUGGAAUAAAAUUUUGUAUAUACAUUUGUUAGCUUCGUCUGUCAAAGCUUGUUGUAACAUGGAAAAUAAUGAGUAACAUUAAAUUAGACUUUGUAUUUUUA